AUCUCUAUCUCUCAUCCCAAUCCAAAUUAAUAAAACCAAAUAAAUCUCUCUUCUUCCCCAUUCUCAUUCAUCUCUCUACACAACUCUUUACAAAUCAAGCUACUACAAUGUCAACAUCUCUCUCCUUCGUCUCCCCGUCUCCGUUCCUCCACUCCUCCGUCGCCGGCAAGCCUACCGCCGUCGCCGUCUCUCGCCGCAACCUCUCCACUCCGGCGUCCUCCAACGCCUGGUGGACCUCGCUGUUCGGCUGGUCAUCGGAUCCUGAUUACAUCCACAAUGUGGGAUCCGGAUCUGAAGAUCCGAAUGCAGGUGAAUCCGGAGCUCCGCCGAAGCAAACCGGAUCUAGCAGAUUCAGUCUAGGCUGUUUCACGGAAGAGAAGGCGAAGCAGAUGAGGAUGAAGACGGCUGAGGGCGCUAAUUUUCAUGAGAUGUAUCACUCUGCGAUCGCGUCCAGGCUUGCUUCUGAUGUGUCGGAUCGGUGAUCGGAUCUGGACUGAUCCGGUUUAGUUUAGUGAUGAAAUAAGGUGUUUAAUUCUAAUUCUAAUUUGAUUAACUGAUGGUGGUUGUGCGAGUUUUUAUGUGUAAUUGCAUCAAUUUGUGUUUUUUUAAUUUUGGUGUAAUCAGCAGCUACUGAAUGAAUACUAGUAGAUGUUUAUUUCUUUUA